UCUUUUAUCAUUAUAUUUUCUCUUGAUAACAAUUUUUUAUACAUAUCAGACCAAUUAUCCUUUGAAAUGGGAAACAGCCAGACAACCCCGUCGUCCACCGCUCCCGCCACCGGAGAGUACAACGCUGCGUCCAUCCCUCCCGGCGGCGUUGUCACCAUCCUUAGCAUUGAUGGAGGUGGCAUCCGUGGCAUCAUCCCCGGCACCAUUGUUGCUUACCUUGAAGAGCAGCUUCAAGCUUUGGACGGUCCGGAUGCAAGAGUAGCGGACUACUUCGAUGUGAUUGCCGGAACGAGCACCGGAGGGCUGAUGACCACCAUGUUAGCAGCGCCGGACAAAAACAAGCGCCCCCUCUAUGCCGGCAAGGAUAUCGUCCCUUUCUACAAGGAGCACGGACCAAAGAUCUUCCCAUCAGCAGGAGCAUUGGAGGUGGUUAGAAGCGCAACCAGCCUGUUGGCAGGCCCCAAGUAUGACGGCAAAUACCUACACCAAGUCCUCCAGGACCAACUUGGAGACACCCGGUUGAGCGAAACGUUGACUCACGUUGUCAUUCCUACCUUUGAUAUCAAGACCUUCCAACCCACAGUUUUCACCACCUGCGAUGUUAAGGAUUCCCCCGAAAAGAAUGCUAAGUUGUCAGACAUAUGCAUUGGCACCUCUGCAGCUCCGACAUACUUACCCGGCCAUUACUUUGACACCGCCGAUGCUAGCGGUGGAAAGGUCGAGUUCAACCUCAUUGACGGCGGUGUAGCGGCAAACAAUCCGACUCUUGUUGCGAUUAGCACGGUGACGCAAAGGAUGGUGGCUCAGGAUCCAAAUUUCCUGACAUCAUCAACUUCGUCGAAUGAGCCAAUUGGGUGCCACCGGUUCUUGAUAUUGUCGGUGGGCACCGGCAAUGCAAAAAGUUCUGACAAGUACACGGCGGAACAGGCGGCGAAAUGGGGUGUUUUGGCGUGGCUGGUCCAAGGAGACGGCAACCCUUUGAUUGAUGUAUUCUCCGGUGCAAGUGCGGACAUGGUGGAUUAUCAUAUCGCCACCAUUUUCCAGGCUCUUCAAGCCGGAGAUAACUAUCUCCGCAUCCAGGAGGACGAUUUACAAGGGUCGACAGCAUCGGUUGAUGUUACGACAAAGGAAAACUUGGAUGCACUUGAAAAGGUUGGGAAGAACUUGUUGACGAAAACGGUUACAAAGAUGAAUCUGUUGACAGGGAAGAAUGAACCGGUUCCCGAAGCUGGAACAAACCAAGAUGCUCUCAAAAGGUUGGCCGGUUUGCUGUCGGAGGAGAGGAGGCGCCGUACAAUCGCGGCACUUACCGCCAGCAAGUAGCCAAGUUGUUGAUCAUAUGGUGUGUCUUGAUGAAUUUCUGGUACUUGAAUUAUUGUUGAAUACGGCACGUAUAUAUCCUUCGACAUGAAAAAGGUUAAUUGUGCCACUGGGAUUGGUUACAUAUGUAUGUGUGUGUGUAUCUUGUACUGUGGGAAGAAAAUUCCGAUUUAUGUAACUAUGAAUGUAAUAAUAAUAAUUCCCAGAGAAGAAUGGAAUAAAUCAUUAUCAAUUGCUCUUCUCAUAA